GUAUAAAAACACCGGUCGGGUCGGUUAAGAAGUUCACUUGCUCAGCCAGCAGCGAAUAUCACAUCAUUUACAUCGCGAACACAAGUUGCCAGCUAUCAUGAAAACUAUUCUAGCUAUAACCGGACUUAUUUUCUUUCAGCCGCUGGAUGCCUUCAUUAACAUGGCAGAUGUGGAUUGCGGAAUGUCAGUGGUUCGUAACGGCAAAAUAGUCAACGGAAUCGACGCCGAAGCAGCGGAAUUCCCUUGGAUUGUUUCGCUUAAGCAGAGAGGCGAACAUUUUUGCGGAGGUGCACUCAUCAACAGUCGAUGGGCCUUAACGGCCGCCCACUGCCUGCUCAGUCGAAGGGCUUCGCAGAUUCAGGUGAGCGUGGCCGAGCACAACCUCCUCGACGCCAAUAGCCAACACACUAAACUGUUCCAGGUGACCGACAUAGUCUUGCAUCCAUCGUACGUGACUCGCCAAUUGGCUGGUGAUAUCGCCCUCAUCAGCUUCGACCAAGAGGUACAAUGGGGCGAUCGUGUUCAACCCGUCUGUCUUCCCAAUCCGGACAAAGAUCCGUUUGCUGGCUUCCUGGCAACUGUGGCCGGAUGGGGCUGGACUGACGAGGUUAAAAACGGUGGGAAAAGAGCCAAUAUUCUGCAAAAGGUCGAUGUGCCCAUCUUGGCUAAUGCCGACUGUCAGCAGUGGUAUAAAGACGAGAAAAAGUCGCUGAUUAUUGUUGACACGGCCUUGUGUGCCGGACUGGAAGUCGGUGGCAAAGACGCUUGCCAAGGUGACAGCGGUGGCCCCUUAGUGGUGAAAAAAGAUGGCCGUCACUUGCUGGUUGGCGUUGUGAGCGCCGGAAUCGGUUGCGCCAGACCUCGGUUGCCCGGCCUUUACACUCGAGUUAACCAUUAUCUCGACUGGAUUUCCCGCACUGUCCGCCAAGAACAAGAACUAUAACAGACUUAAUAUAUUUAGCUGUAAAUAAAUGAAUGUAAACACAUAGAAAUGUAAAAUAAACGCAUAAGAGCAA